GUCAUUUGUUUUGCUCUGUACCGGAAGCGCUGCUGUGACAUCACAGGGAAACUCAGCUGGACGAUCAGAAAACAAACAAACUCAAGCAUCCUUAUCAUAAUCAUAAUCAUCACCAUCAUCAUUGAGUGACUGCUGUCAUUCGACAACAACAACGGGUUUCUUUAAACCGUCCGAUCAUUUCCGCAGCAGUGUGGAACUGCACACAAAAAUGUGAGCAGGUUCACUUUCUGUUUGCAUUUUUGUGUCAAGAUGGCUGAUGAUUUGGUCUCCUGCACGGCUGGAGCACGAGGGGCCGCUCAGCCCUGUGCGAAGCAGAAAUACCGCAGUAAUGCCCAUUCACAGGGUCUGUUAGACGGGCUCCUGAUGCUGCGUCAGGGAGGGAUUCUGUUUGAUGUGGUUCUGUUGGUAGAAGGAAAACCCAUCCAGGCUCACCGUAUUCUUCUCGCGGCCUCGUGUGACUAUUUCAGGGGUAUGUUUGCCGGCGGUUUGCGGGAGAUGCAGCAAACUGAGAUCCCCGUUCACGGAGUCACAUAUACGGCGAUGAUGAAACUGCUGGACUUCAUCUACACCUCUGAGCUGGAGCUGGACCUGGACACGGUACAGGAAGUGCUGUGUGCGGCCACUCUGCUGCAGGUCCAAGAUGUGAUCGGCUUCUGCUGCGACUUCCUGUUCUCCUGGCUGGAUGAUGACAACAUCCUGGAGGUGGAAAAGCUCGCCGACAUAUACGGGCUGAACCAGCUCGGGGAGAAAAUCCGCUCAUAUCUGCUCAAGAACAUCCAGACUUUCUCGCGUACACCCGUGUAUCGAAAGCUUCCUGCGGAAAAGAUCCUGAGUGUCCUUUCCAGCAACGAGCUGGAGGUGAGCUCGGAGAACGAGGUGUUUGAAGCAGCCCUGCACUACCAUUACACCCCUGAACAGGUGGAGAAGGAUGAGGUUUGCUUACAGGAUUCAUUGCGGAUGUUGGAAGCGGUGCGGUUCUGUCUGAUGGAGAAGCAUGUGUUGCAGCGCUUACACAGCCGAUUAAAACAGUGCCCGCUGCGGGACUCUGUGGCCGCCGCUCUACGUUACCACAGUCAGGAGCUGUGGCAGCCGGUGAUGCAAACCCCACUCACUCAACCUCGCUGCAGCUCCCAGUGCAUUCUGGGAUUUGGCGGCAUGUAUUCAUCUAGCGCACUGGUGGACAACGAAGAGCGGUUCCAGGUGUUCCACCCCUCCUGGGGAGAGUGGCGUAGUCUGGCUGCAGACCGCGCUCCUCGCAUGUCCAACAUGGGCAUCGCGGUGCUCAAUAACUUUGUGUACUUGAUUGGUGGAGACAAGAACACCAGCGGCUUCCGUGCUGAAUCUCGAUGCUGGCGAUAUGAUCCCCGCCACAACAGCUGGUGUACUAUCGAGCCUUUACGGCAACAGCAUGCGGAUCAUUGCGUCUGUGUGGUUGAUAAAUACAUCUACGCCAUUGGAGGACGAGACUACACCAAUGAACUGCACUGUGUGGAGCGCUACAACCCACAAACCAACACCUGGGAAUAUGUGGCGCCGCUGAAACGAGAGGUAUACGCCCAUGCUGGAGCAGUGAUUGAUGGGAAGAUCUACAUAGCAUGUGGCCGGCGGGGAAUGGCUUAUCUAAAGGAGACUUACUGUUACGAUCCCAGCGGCAAUCACUGGAGCAUGUGUGCCGAGGGCCCGGUGGAGCGCGCGUGGCACGGCAUGGCAGCAGUUAAUGGCCGCGCUUAUGUUAUUGGAGGCAGCAAUGAUGGUUGCGGUUACCGACGAGACGUCCUCAAGGUGGCGUGCUACAACCCAACAGCAGAUGUGUGGUCUGUGGUGAGCCCGUUGCCUGCUGGGCAUGGAGAGCCAGGUGUGGCCGUACUCGAUGGAAGCAUCUACAUCCUGGGCGGAAGGUCGCACGAUAAGGGCAGUCGGAUGAAGUACGUUCACAUUUAUAAUGCACAGGAGGACCGAUGGGAGAACGGAACAGCCCUUGAGGACCGUGUAUCGGGGAUUUCAGCAUGUGUCUUGCUUUUGCCACAAGCAGCCAUGGCCCAGGCACGCAGCUGGGAGCAAAGGGCUAAAGCAUCAUGGGAAGAGGUAGAAUGGGAUGACUCGGACAACUCAAGCGAGGACUGAUGGCAUUAGUGCUGCUCAGGUAGGCUGUGAAGUUGCGAAGUGAGGGAAUUGUGUGCUUUAUUAAAAUCAGGUUUUGGGUGUGUUAUAAUCCGGUUUUAGAUUGAACAGUAUGUGUAACCCAUCAGUGUGGAGAUGGUGAAGUCUUUGUUUGUCGCCUGUCCAGUAACUCAAGAUAAGUUCUGGUUUAGAUUAUCUCCAAAUCCCUCUCUUUCCUGUUUGUGGAUUAAUUUUACUGACUCUUUUAGGUUGUUUUUGUCAUGCUGAAGAUUUCCUUUCUGUUUUAUGUCCAGAACUAUGGGAAACUGGUGGGGAUGCAAACACUGUACGUGCACUUUACAAAUACAGGUGAUUUGAUUUUGUUUAUAAUGAUGGUGCCUUUAUUUUACAGAUGUGUUUUGGUAAAUCCAAUGCCUUUUUUAUUAAUAGAUUUGAAUUAAGUGCAAUAACAUUUUUCAAAAGAGUAAAUGAAAUGAAUGCUCUAGUGCAGGGGUCGGCAACCAUUGACGGAGUAAAGACACAAGAGUGAAAAUGGACAACGAGGAAUAUUAUAUGAUGGAAAUUUUAACUAGUUGUUUAUGUUAGAAUGAUCCGGGGCCAAGCUGCAAAUGCAAGGAAAAAUAGUAAUCUAACCAUAUCUCAUAUAAGUGAUGUGCGUGAUUCAACUUAGGGCUGCACGAUACUGGAAAAAAUUGACAUUGCGAUAUUUUGUUUUUCUGCAAUAUGAAAAAAAAAUUCACCAGAUGACUUAAAUAGCUUCAUUUGGAAAGAAUUAAUUCUAUGAUGAUUGGGGUGAUUUUGUAGGUGAGUGAAUGCGCAUAGAAAAUAAUGAACUAAUUGCACGCAUAGAUAAAUAUAAUAGAACAAAGAUACAAAUGAAAUAGUGCUUUAUAUAUUCCAGGUAAGUCUAACAGUAUUCAGGUACAGAAAUCGAAUAAUCGAAUGUAAAAUAACACUGCAUAGUCUUCACUGUAUACAUUAUAUAUAAUUAAUCGGUGUUAAAACUACAAAAGUGAUUUUCUCUUUGUAUUUUGUUGUUUGAUUAACAUUAAUGAUACAGAAAGCAGCAGGAAUAUUAGGCUUCUGUCACUUUAAGACCAAAUGCAUGGAUCCAGAAUACUGUUACACAUCCAGUUUUCUUUCUGAAUUGCUUAGUUCACCUAAGCAACUGUGUUUAUGAGGAUACUCAAUGUUUUACGUGCAUUUUGACAAUUUUUUUGCAUGUAUGUGUCCGUUCAUGCACAAAUAGAUGCGGAAGAGAACGGUGUUCAUGUGCAUCUGCGCGGCUCUGUGUGUGCACAGAAAGCAGCCGCACGUUCAGAAUUAAGUUCUCUUUCGCAUCUUUGUGGGCCCAAAUGGCUUCAAUGUUUCAACUGACGACCUAAAACACGCUCAAAUGAUAAACUUUCAUUAUAUGAUCGUCAAACUUUGCAAUUAAUCUGCGAAUCAUAUGCAUUUUGAACCGUGGUGUCUGGUCCGGAUGGAUUAACGAUCCCUAUACUUGACAUCGCACAUCUUGUGAUGUGACAAUCGCGGAUGUGCACAUCGCGAUUUCGAUGCUAAAAUGAUAUAUAUCGUGCAGCCCUAAUUCAAAUGAAAUAGGUACAAACUGCCUACUAAAUAAAACAUCUAUCACGACUCAUGCCAAAUAUCAAAUUAAAAGCCACAAAAGCAACAUUAUGAGGAACAAAUAAGUAGGGAUGCACGAUAUAUCGGCCACAAUAUUGGUAUCAGCCGAUAUAUGUUGAUUUUUAAUGUCAGCUGAAACACUUCAGAUGUUCACUGUUUGCCAUGAUGGUUUUAAAUUGCUUGAAAUAUGAUUGAAAAUCACUUCAAAAAGGAAAAUACAGUGGUCCCACUUUUUAUUAGGUGGCCUUAACUAUUAUGUACUUACAUUUAAAUUAAUCAUUUGAUACAAUGCACUUAUUAUGUACAUACAUGUUUUUACAUUGUACUUAUAUUUUAAAAAUACCUGCAUGUAAUUACAGCUGUAAUUAAUUUCUGUAAUUACAUUUAUAAUUACACUGUUGACCCAUCCCUUACACCUUAACCAACCCUUAAACAUGCCCAUACCACCAAUCCUGUCCCUAACCUUAGCCGUAUCCCACCUCAAUAGCAGCAAAAGGGUUUUGCAAUGCAAUAUGAACACAAUAAGUAUAUUGUACUUAUUUUUGAUGUAAGUUCAUAGUACUUAAGGCCACCUAAUAUAAAGUGGGACCAAUACAGUUAAGUAUAUAGUCUGUUAUAUAGUCUACAUAAUAUUAUAAUGAGAACAUGAUAAUUGUGUGCUUGGGACAUGGCUUUUAAUGGUGAGGCUUUUGUUUUUGUAAUCAGACUUGCUAAAAUUAUAUACAUAUUUGGAUUUAGAUUUAUCAGCCAAUAUAUCGGUUAUCGGCUUUCAAAUAUAAAGAAUUAUCAGUUAUCGAUAUUGGCCAAAAUGUUCAUAUCGGUGCAUCUCUACAAAUAAGUAUGAUUUCUGAAGGAUCUUGUGACACUGAAGACUGGAGUAAUGAUGCUGAAAAUUCAAAAAUUCAUCACAGGAGUAAAUUAGAUUUUAAAAUGUAUUCCAAUAGAAAACAGUUAUUUUGAAUUAAAAUAUUAUUUCGCAGCAUGGUGAGCAGAAGAGACUUCUGAACUUUUGAAUGGUAGUGUAUAUACAAACGGAGAAAGAAUUCUGUCACAGUGGUUACCAAAAUAAAUGAAAACUUACACUUCGUGUCAGAAAGGUUGCCGACCGCUGCACUAAUGAAUGCUGAAUUACUGGUAUGUUGGCCGUUGGGUUGCUCCAAAGAGAAAUCAAUAACAAUUGUAAAAGUUAGGCUGGGUUAUGGGCUAGUUUAACGUGAACUGUUAUUCGAGUGUUCCUCUGUGUCUUCUGCAAUGUAAAAGCGAUUCUGUUCUGUUCAGAAUUCCUUGUAAUAUUAUGCACUGAUAUAAAGCACUGCUUCUUACUGUUGGCUUUCUCUUUUAUUUAUUUGCUAUCUUCAAUAUAUCAGACUUAUUGCCUCUUUAAACUGUCAACAUUAAAUUUCUGAUUUGUUUGACCCUGUUGAAUGUCAUAAUCAGAAUCAUCAGCAUAUUAAAUCUGAAAAUCAUUGGUUUUCUUAUUUUUAAUAAACGAUUUGCAGAAUAUAUUAUAUAUGAUAUAAAUAUACAUUCACUCUUACCUUGGGAAAAUAGGUAUUGGGAUUGCUGCAAUUGCUAAGACUAACUGUAUUUCUUCUAAUAUUUUGGAAAUGCAUUUCACGUUUUAACUGCAUUAUUACCAGCUUGCAAUGUCAAAGUUCAUGAAUGAUCACAUUGACAAUAAAGAGCAAUGGAUUGUA